UGAGGCUGUUUAUCCCUGAGGUAGCUGAAUGGCUAACGUCUUUAGUCGUUAGGUUGUUUUUACCUGUCGUCGCUGGCGUCGUUUGUGGAAACAUUUUGAACUCCUUUUAUUGAGAAACUGGACAUCUGAGGUGAAGAUGAAGAGUGUGUUUCUGCUCCAGGUUUUCGUGCUGGCGUGUUUUGUGCCACUCAGCCAAGUGACAGCGAAGAAUUCUGAAGACAUCCGCUGUAAAUGCAUCUGUCCGCCAUACAGAGAUAUCGAGGGUCAGAUCUACAAACAAAAUGUGUCUCUCAAGGACUGUAACUGUCUCCAUGUAGUGGAACCAAUGCCGGUCGACGGGAAAGAUGUGGAGGCCUAUUGUUUACGUUGUGAGUGUAAAUAUGAAGAGAGAAGCUCAGGGACCAUUAAGUUCACCAUCAUCAUGUACCUCUCCAUUCUGGGCCUGCUGCUUCUCUACAUGGUCUACCUGACCCUCCUAGAGCCCAUGUUGAAGAGGCGUCUGUUUGGACACUCUCAGCUUAUCCAAAGUGAUGACGAUGUUGGGGACCAGCAGCCUUUUGCCAACGCUCACAAUGUCCUGUCCCGUUCACACUCUCGACCCAACGUGCUGAACAAAGUGGAGCACGCCCAGCAGCGCUGGAGGAGGCAGGUCCAGGAGCAGAGGAAGUCUGUGUUUGACCGCCACGUUGUUCUCAGUUAAACUGCCCCGCAAGAAAGAGUUACAGGUGGAGCAAAACAACAAAAACACUGUGACAGAGCCCUCAAUUUAUUCUCUUCCUUUCUCUCAUUUGUGGUUUGUAUCUCAUUACGUGUGACUCUGUAGAGCAGAAGUCCCUGGCAGAUAUUUAAUCAAAGCGAGGAACUGUUGUGUAGUCUGCAGGCGGCACAAGAGAUUACAGUGAAUUCAUUAUUGCACAAUGUUGAAUGAGAAGUCUUUUAAUCUCUGCCUGCUGUCCAAUUUGCAGAAGUGCCAAGUCACUGGAGAAUUUGUAAUGGAAAUUUAAUGGUAGCGACUAAUAAAUGCCAGAUUUAAAAAAAAAAAAUCCUUCCAACUUCAUGUUUCACAACAUUCUAUAAUCCUCCGGCCAACAGUCUGACGCUGACCAGUCUCACAAUUUUACGAGCCAAACGGGCUUUCCGAGUAAAACAUGCAGAUGUUUGUUGGUGGCACUCCACAUGGCUGGAUAAAUGGUCCAACCCACUUGACUGCUGUAAUGAUCAGUGGUGGGUAUUUUCCAUCUAACAACUAACAUAACUUACAACUACUGCUCCCUCCGCCGGGCAAAGCAAAUCAUGUAAAAUAAAAAUCUUUCAGCCUCCUUUGAAAAUGCAUGUUUUAUAAUAAAUCUUUUAUAAAUGUGUUUUCAAUUCUUCAUCCUUACCGUGACAUUUACUUUCUGAUAACUGGUGUGGAAUCCAUCAUUUAAUGCAUUCAAUGAAAUUUGAUAUUUGACAGUAGUUUCAACUGAACCUGGUUGCAGGUACUGAUGCAAUUUCUUGGUGAUGUCAUACAGUAGUAAACGUAGCUGUGCUAUUGAUCCUUAACUGUUGAAGACAUUUGAACUCAGUGCCCUCUUCUACUGCCUGAACAAAUAAAAUGUGUGUUUCCUUUA